AUGAAGAAUACGUUGUCAUGUUUUAUACUGUUUUUCAUGUCUAUUGGUUAUUCAAUUUCUUGGUGCGAAGAGAAUGGAGUAAUUAGUUUGGACAAAAAUAAAAAUUCAUGUAAAAAAAGUGGUUGGACAGUAAAAUAUUAUUACGAUGAUGACGAUAAUGAUUAUUACAAUUUUACAUUUAGAGAAACGUGUUGUUCUAUUCAAACAAUGAUUUUACGUGAUAACGAAACGGAUGAAUAUACAAUUUUAUUAUUUUCAUUUCAAAAUUCAAAUAAUUUAAAAGCAUUAUAUAUUCAAGAAAAAAAUGAAAAUGUUAGAAUUUAUUUUGUAGACAGCGGUCGACCAGAAAAUUUUUUUAUUUCCUUUGGUUGUUUUAAUAAUGAAAACUCUUGUCGGACAACAAUUGGCGAAAAAUGGAGACCAACAAUUCAGUUAAAAAGUCAAAGCAUUGUAUUAUUUUCAGAUAUUGACCAAAGAUUCUGGAUUGAGUUUUAUAGAACAAUAACACAAAUAGCUUAUUUGUUCAUUGAUGGUAACGUGAUACAAUCCGUCACUUUUCAAUUUAAAACAUCUCAGUUAGUUGGUGAUCCAUAUACUAAUGGGAGAUAUUUAUUUACUGGAAAAUCAAAAGAAGAAAAUGUGACAUUUGAAUCUUUAAAAACAGUUUUUUAUGUAAGAUCGGUAUGUGAACGAAAUGGGUAUAACAGAAUUUUAUAUUUUGGUAAAACAGAAAUUAAUGUAUACGCAAAUUUAAUUAAUACGACUUGUUAUUGUAAUGCAGAGAAUGAAAAUAUAACAUUGGAUAAUGUAAAUACAUUCCCGGAUUGUAGAUACAACAGUUCAUUAUUUGAUUUAAAUUUAACAACGAUUGGCGAGAAUAAAAGUGAAAGUGAAAAUAUUAACAUUUAUGUAAAUGUUACUCAAUGGUUCUCAAUAAUAUUUAAACCCAAUAGAAAAUACAUAUUAAAUGGUUUAGAAACCCACGAGAAUACAAUUAAUUUUGACACUUUAGAAAUAUUAGAAAAUGAAAAUAUUAUAUUUAAUUUAAAUUGUAAUAUAUCAACUUUGAAAAUCACUUCAAUUGGGAAAUUUUACUUCAAAAAAAAUCUCGUAAUUAACACACAAAUAAUAAUAUCUGAAACAAAUUUAACAAACAAAAUAUUGUUUGCUUUGGAUGGAGAUUUUUCUGAAGUUAAGACGUCACUUUUGUCUAAAUGUGGGAAACGAGUGUAUUUAACUAAAAGUGAAUAUAACAUGUGUCUAUGUAAUUACACUGAAAAUGGUAUAUGGGAUCCAAAAGGGUAUGAUGGAGUGAAUCGAGGGGACUGCUUUAACAACAACACACAAAAUACUUUGACUCUUCAAAUUCUCUCAUCACAAAUGAAUGAAAUUUCAACUCCACAAACUUGGAACAGAAUUGAGAUUAAUGUUAAAGAUGUGAAUGUCACUUCCACUUCAAACGUUACAACAAAAACACUUCUACUGCACAAAUGUGCCACUUUUAAUGUACCACUUAAAAUUACUUCAUCAAUCGAGUUUUACACGAAUGGGUAUAUUAAAAUGACUUCAAAAUAA